GAUACAGGUCCGUUCUACAAGCAACAAGAAAAAUUUCUUUCGUCUGACUUCUCUGCUACACCGUAUCAUCCGUCACAACCUAUCACAAUGGCAACAGCAAUGGCUUCAGUUCGCGCGGCUACGUCCCGCCCCAUCAAGAACGUCAGUUCCUUCUACACCGACUACCUCCACAUCGUCAAAGCCUCCGGCGAACAAUUUGGCUGCGAUAUGAACUACGAUGAGGAGAAGCAGUUGCCCUCGCCAUCCCAGGGAACCACUACCGACGAGGACUCUGAACCCCUCACCUGUUUCGAUGCCACAGCCCUCGGCCUCGUCAUACUCUACGCCGUCUUCUUGGUUACCUUCAGCGCUUACACCUUAUGCAACGUCAUCCGCGAGCCCUCGGAGCAAUACGUCUUGGACCCCGAAGUCUUCAACGCCAUCGCGGCGGCGGUGUAUCUCCUCCACGGCGCUCUCUUCUUCUGUUAUUCGUUCUACGUCGGCUUCCUGUUUGCAGGACAUAUGGAGGAGAAGGACAAGACUGAGAGCGCUGCCGAGGCGUAUGCGGCUGCACAGACGUUUUCGGACGAUUACUCCGGCGGCUGGUGGUGGGAGCCGUGUCUUUCGGUCGAGGCCAUCGAUACCCUGAUCCGUAUCCAAAUCGCCAUCUUCGUCGUCGCUUUCUGGCCUGUCUUUAUGGUUUACAACUUUGCGGCCAUCAUCUGCCAUGACUUCAAGCGCUGCACAACUACUGAAGGCGUUGACCGAGAGAUUGCUCCCUGUGCCGUCUGCUCUGCUGGCAACCGCGCUCAGGACAAUCAAUGUAAGAGGAAAUCUCAGAUCUCUGAGAAGGAGCCGUUGCUCGGACAGAGGCUGACUGCGUCGGAGAUCGUGGCGAUUGAGAAUGAGGCGGCUGCGGCUGAGGUGUGGAGGAUGUAUAAGGCUAGGAUGGUUGAGCAGAAGCCGUAUGCUCCCGCUGUUAAGUAAUAGGGGGUGAAUUCUGCAUGUCUAGCUAGAGGGCUGCUAAGGGCAUCGCGGUCACAUUGUUUGGUGGCCACGAGUAAGUUGACUAUACUCAUUCUUAAGAGUUGCUAGUUAGUGAGUUAAAAAUAACAGAAAUAUCUUUUGGUUAUUGCCAGUGCUGAU